GCGCUCGAACUCACCCUCGCAGCCGCUUUUAGAAAGCGCUAAACACGAACAUUUCCCCAAAAGGAGCCUCCACCUCGCAGGCGAGAAGACUUGACGCGUGUCCGUGGAGCGGCGCGGACCUAACCGAAGCGCAGCGGGGAUUUUACGCACGGCUUUUACGCACGGCUUUGGAGACGUAAAGAAAAGCAUGGCGCUGACGGGAGUGAUGCUGCCUUCCUUCUCCACCUUCAGCAACCCCACAUGGGAACACAGGUGGAAAGCCGAAAGUGACUGCUCCGUGCUAGAGACGAGUCCGUGUCCCAAAAAGGACGAGGAGGACCUGAGCAACUACUUGGACUUGGAUUUUAUUCUGGCCAACAGCACCGCCGCCUACGUGGCUCCGGCCGACCCGGGGGUGUACGCCGACGAGCCGGCCUUCUCCCCGCCGGCGCCCGGCGGCGGCGAGCACCGCUCCCCGCCGCCGCCGUACAGCGCCAGCCUCAUGACCGAGCUGAUGCGCUCCGAACCCGGCGGCUACGGCUCGACGCGCAGCGGCGCCCCCGCCGUGCAGGGCAGGUUUUACGUCAAUUUCCCGCGCCAGGACAUUAAGGUGGAGCCCUCCAUGGAGAGCUACGGCAUGGCGCCUCAAAGCUGCGCCAAGAUCAAGCAAGAGGGGAACGUUUCGUGCAUGAUGUCCUUCGAGCAGCCCCGGGCGGCCAUCUCACCCUUGACCCCGCCGCUCAGCCCGGACGAGCAGGCGGCGUCGGACAUGAGCUGCUACAAGUACCACCACCACCACCACCACCACCACCCGGCCUCCUCCUUCCACCACAUGCACAUGGCCUACCACGGCGGGCGCCACCCGGCGUUCGGCGUCUACGACGACGCCCUGGGCCAGCUGCAGCCGGGCGCCCAGCGGGUGAUGCUCACCCCUCCGUCCUCCCCGCUGGAGCUGCUGGAGUCCAAGCCCAAGCGGGGUCGACGCACCUGGCCGAGGAAGCGCACGGCCACGCACACCUGCACCUUCGCCGGCUGCGGGAAGACCUACACCAAAAGCUCCCACCUGAAGGCGCACCUGCGGACGCACACGGGUGAGAAACCAUACCACUGCAGCUGGGAAGGCUGCGGCUGGAAGUUCGCCCGCUCGGACGAGCUGACGCGUCACUUCCGGAAACAUACCGGACACCGGCCGUUCCAGUGUCACCUGUGCGAGCGCGCCUUCUCCAGGUCCGAC